UAUCACAGGACGCUUUGACUAUGCCCCCGACUCUUCUGGCUAAAAGAGCUUAUACACCACCCCAGGGCUAUGAAAAUGUAGAGGGAAAUGACAAAAAGGUGGAGAAAAUUAAUGAAUUGAACGCGGCGCUGGAAGCUUCUCAAAACGAUGUCUUCACCCGUGUCACGCAGUCUCGAAGUACAGAGGACACUCCUGUAGAGCCUAACCGCAUGACCAGAGACGAGUGGAUGGAAGUUGUCGACGGAGCUUACGGUUUACACUCAAGAAAGAAAGGAAGAGUGCCUCUGUCAAGUACUAGAGUUAAGACACUCACCACCACCAAUAAGCCUAGCAGCCAAUCUGUGACAUCGACGCGACACGGUGACACGUCAUAUGUCGUGGGUAAGAUUGGAAAAUACUUGAUGAAGAAUGUUGAAAUUCCAUUGGCUUUAAGUUUUCUUCCCACUAUUAAGCACGAGUUAAGUGGUGCACAAACGACUUGGGAUGUCGUUCAGCGACUCAUCGAUUCUCAACCCGUAAAGGACUUGCUUCCGCAGUCUAUAUACGCGGAUAUUAUGGUGUUGGCAUUUGAUGAGCAUGCAGCUGCAAGUGGUGGAGAGGCUAGAGGAGGUACCGUCGUAGGAAGCAGCAGUACGAUACGGCAUUCUGAUGCAGCCGCCACCGAUGAUAGGGAUCACGACGAUAGGGACCACGACUAUGAUGAGUGAGUGAUGUGUUAGACUUUUUGGUAACUUUUGUGGACUUUUGGAUUGUGUUAAACAUAUUAUGACCUCCUGAUUAUGUAGACUUUUGGAUUGUGUUAAAC